GCGACGCGCGGGCGCUUCUGCUGCGGAGCACACACAGUGCGGCGUCACGCACGCUGCUGCCACCGCGCGCCACGGCCAUGGCGUCCCCUGUCCUCCUGCUCGUCGCCGCGCUCUGCGCGUUGCUCGUGGCGGCAGGGGAGACGAAGGAAGAGGCCGCGGUGGGGGUGUCGGCAUUCCGCAGCCGGGCCACGGACCCCAACAUGGAGGUCAAGUUCGACUUCUCGCCGUUCCUGAUACAGUACAAGAGCGGCCGCGUGCAGCGGUUCAUGGGCACGACGUUCGUGCCGCCGUCCCUGGACGCGCGCACGGGCGUCGCGUCCAAGGACGUGAUCGUGGACCAGGGCACCGGGCUCAGGGCGCGGAUCUACCGGCCGAGCCGCCGCGCCGUCGUCGGCGGGGGCGGAGGCCGGCUCCCCGUGCUCCUCUACUUCCACGGCGGCGCGUUCGUGGUUGAGUCGGCGUUCGACCCCGUGUACCACAGCUACCUCAACGCGCUGACGGCGAGGGCGGGCGUCGUGGCGGUGUCGGUGAACUACCGCCUCGCGCCGGAGCACCCGCUCCCCGCGGCGUACGACGACGCGUGGGCGGCCCUGGCGUGGGUGCUCGAGAACGCGCGGCACGGCGCCGGCGGGGAGCCCUGGCUGUCCAAGCACGGCGACGCCUCCCGCCUGUUCCUCGCCGGCGACAGCGCCGGCGGCAACAUCGCGCACAACCUGGCGAUGCGCGCUGGCCAGCAGGGCGGCGGCGCGGCGAGGACGGCCAUCAGGGGCGUGGCGCUGCUGGACCCCUACUUCCUGGGGCGGUACGUGUCCCCGGGCGCCGGGCGCGCGUGGGGGUUCAUCUGCGCGGGGCGGUACGGGACGGGCCACCCGUACGUGAACCCAGCGGCGCUCCCCGCGGCGGCGUGGCGGGCGCUCCCGCCGCCGCGCGUGCUGAUGACGGUUUCCGGCCAGGACCGGCUCGGCCCGUUCCAGCGCGCGUACGUGGACUCGCUCCGCGGCAGCGGGUGGCGCGGGGAGGCGCAGCUCUACGUGACCCCCGGCGAGGGCCACUGCUAUUUCCUCAACAACCUCGCCUCGCCCAAGGCCGCCAUGCACAUGGCCACGCUCGCCGCCUUCAUCAACGGCAGCUAGCUAGCUACCUCUACAUACCUAGCUCACCGGCCGGCCGGCCCCCGCCGGCGGCGGUCCGAUCGUUCAGAGACCUGUAGCUGUCCCCGGUGGUGGCAGUCAUACCAUACACAUAGCAUAUACGUACGUGUCCUACUGUACUUUGUCAGUGCCCGAGUGGCCCAGAGCCAUGUACUACGUGGUGCCUGUUUUAUUUUUCUUUUUUCCUCACUUGUGUUUACUGCGGGCGACCGGGGAAUGUACACGUCGGUUUCACCGCAGCGUGGAAGGAAAAGGGCACUCCGUACAUAAAUGGCGAGGGGGCCGUUGGCUCGUGCUGCA